UAAAGCUAAUGAAGCGCUCAUCAUUUCUUCCCAACUUUAGCCUAACUCCUCCUCCAGCCAUGCUGAGGAUGUUUUAGAUCGGAUGGACACAGACGAGCUCCAGAUGCACUCAGAAAGGAGAGGGUUUACUCCUGCCUUGCAUGCCUUCACUCCUAGUUCAUUCUAUGGACCAGUGGACCAGUCCAUCCUCACUGCAUGCGCAUGUCAAGCCGGAUCAAGAAGAACUGUCUCUGCCUAUAACUCUAAACUACUGACUAUGUAGGAAUUUCUCCUGCUUUUGGUUCACCAAGGUUCCUAACUUUUUUCGUAGAGACACUUUUCAGCGGCUGUAUUUUUAGCCGUUAGUUAGUCUUUUUCGUCCUUUAUUUUUACUGUCGUUGAUUUCUGGCCAUAACAGUCUGUUUGCUGUUUUUUCCAUAGGAGCAUUUCUCCUGUAUUUCUGUUUAUAGAAGUCUUUUUUCUUAUAAUUUUGGCCGCUGGAGUCUUUAUACCGUAUUUCUAACCGUAGGAACCUUUCGCCUUUUUUGUGUAAGAAGCCGUUGUUGCUUGUUAGCUGUAGUUUUGGUGUUCGUGGCUGUUGCUCCUGAGCCACUCUUCUUCCUCAAUGCUGACAGAGUCGUGUGGGCUGAUGGGAUCGGACGUGCGAGAUUUGAGCGCCAUGCUGCCCGCUGUGCCCACUAUCCCAGGGGCCAACAGCACUGGGGCUCCACAGUGGGGGCCGAUUAUGGACUUUCACUCUGGAGCCUUGCCCUCACACUCCUUCAUCAAGCAGGAGCCGGGCUGGGGGGCGCCAGAAGUCCACAACGACCCGCACUGCGGCCUGGGGGCCUUCACCGUCCACUUCUCCGGCCAGUUGACAGGGGCAGGCGGCUGCAGGCACGGAGCCUUCCCAGAGGCACCGAACACCCAGGGCAGAGCGUUCCCCAGCGGACCUUACCUGUCCGGCUGUGCUGACAACACUCCGGCUCCACGGAACCAGGGUUUCGAUGGUGCCCCAAAUUAUGGACACACUCCCGCUCACCACUCUCCACCUUUCCCGUGUUCGCACCCUUUCAAACACGAGGACGCUGUGUCUCCACAAAGCACCAUGGGUGAGCAGCAGUACCCGGCUCCGCCUCCUAUCUACGGUUGCCACACCCCCACAGACGGACAGACUCUGCUUUUGCGAAACGCCUACAACAGUGAUAAUUUGUACCAAAUGACAUCCCAGUUGGAAUGUGUGACCUGGAACCCAGUCAACUCUCUGGCCUCCACCAUCAAGAGUCCCAGCACGGGGUUUGAGAGCGAACCUUCUCCGGCCGCUGCGCCCGUAGUCUACAGCUGCAGUGCCCAGUACCACAUACAUACACACGGCAUGUUCAGAGGAAUUCAGGAUGUUCGUCGAAUGCCCAGCAUCACUCCCUCUAUAGUGCGGUCAGAGAGCAACGACAAGCGUCCGUUCAUGUGUUCAUACCCGGGCUGCAGCAAGAGAUACUUCAAACUGUCCCACCUACAGAUGCACGGGAGGAAACACACAGGAGAGAAGCCCUACCAGUGUGAUUUCACAGACUGCGGCCGCAGGUUCUCCAGAUCAGACCAGCUGAAGAGACAUCAGCGCAGACACACAGGAGUGAAACCCUUUCAGUGUGAGACGUGUCAGAGAAAGUUUUCACGCUCAGACCACCUUAAGACCCACACCCGGACUCAUACAGGUAAAACAAGUGAGAAGCCGUUUACCUGCCGCUGGCCGAGCUGUCAGAAGAAGUUCGCCCGUUCAGAUGAGCUGGUCAGACACCACAGCAUGCAUCAGAGAAAUGUUACUAAACUGCAGUCAACUUUCUGAACACAUUAAGCAAUCGUUCUGGAGUGGAGAAUCAUUCUGAAUAUGACGACAGCGGUGCUCAUGAGUGAACACCCUAAGAUUACAAUUGUUAAAUAACCUUGGAAUAUAUGACACACACACACACACACACACACACACCACCAGAACAAACACACAAAAAAAACAAAAAGCACAAAACAAUGAACCAGAAGGACUAAUUCAUGUAUUUCAGGUCAUCUCGUGUUGUAAAUAACAUCUACGCGCCUAAUCUUCUCUCUCUUUGUACUGGCUAUAUCUGUAGUACAUGACAUCUGUGUCUAAGAUGUGCUGGUUCACUUAAAUCUUGUAAAUAUUUGAUUUUUUUUAUUAUUAUUUUAUACAACAUAUAUCUAACAAAGCUUCCAAAGAUUUAUUUUUGGAAAAAAAUAAGUGCACUGUUUUAUUUGUUUGUACAUACUGUAUGUUAAUCUCUGACAUAUCAUGGACUUUACUAUCCGUGUUUGUAUUAAAAUGAUUCAUUUAAAAUCAA